CGCUGCGGAUCUCUCAUCCUCAUGGUGAAGCAGGAGACGAAACGGUUCGCGCAGCUGGACAAAAACGGAAUGGUGAAUAUUGUCAUCGACGAGGAGAAAGUCAAGGAGGCGUACAACGAUGUUCGCAAGGACACUUCAUCCACCAAUUGGAUUCUUCUCAAAUACUGCGAUGGUGAAGUGAGACCCGAAGAUCGGGGCGAUGACUUCGAUGCUCUCAAAACGAAAGUUGAGGCUCUGGAGCGCGCCUUCAUCUAUAUGAGGAUCGCCGUAGGCGACGAAGUCAGCAAGCGGUACAAGUUCGUCUUCGUCACUUGGCAGAGAAAUCCGGAUGCGAUCAACGUGGUCGAACGAGCCCGGAUGUCGAAUGAUAAACAGCUUCUGAAGAACGUCAUUACGGAGUUCUCCGUCGAAAUCCAACUGGAGGAUCCGUCAGACUUGUCGCUUGAGUACAUCGGUAGAGCAGUUCAGAAAAACGGAGCGUGA